AUGGCGUCGCUCGCCGUGCUCGUCUUCCUGGUGGUCUGCGCGACGCUUGCCUCCGGCGCCACCAGCGUCCGCGUCGGGCUCACGCGCAUCCACUCCGACCCCGACAUUACCGCGCCCGAGUUCGUGCGCGACGCACUGCGCCGCGACAUGCGCCGGCAGCAGUCCCGGUUUUUCGGCCGCGAGCUCGCAGAGUCCGAGUCCGACGGCGGGCGCACCACGGUGUCCGCGCGAACCCGCAAGGACCUGCCCAACGGCGGGGAGUACCUGAUGACGCUAGCCAUCGGCACGCCGCCGCUGUCGUACCCGGCCAUCGCCGACACGGGCAGCGACCUCAUCUGGACGCAGUGCGCGCCCUGCGGCGCCCAGUGCUUCGCGCAGCCGGCGCCGCUGUACAACCCGGCGAGCUCCACCACGUUCGGCGUGCUCCCGUGCAACAGCUCCCUGAGCAUGUGCGCGGGGGCGCUGGCGGGGGCGGCGCCGCCGCCCGGGUGCGCCUGCAUGUACAACCAGACGUACGGCACCGGGUGGACAGCGGGCGUGCAGGGCUCCGAGACCUUCACCUUCGGCUCGGCGGCCGCCGACCAGGCCCGCGUCCCCGGCAUCGCCUUCGGCUGCAGCAACGCCAGCAGCAGCGACUGGAACGGCUCGGCGGGGCUCGUCGGCCUGGGCAGGGGCAGACUGUCGCUCGUGUCGCAGCUCGGCGCCGGCAGGUUUUCCUACUGCCUCACGCCGUUCCAGGACACCAACAGCACCAGCACGCUCCUCCUCGGCCCGUCGGCGGCGCUCAACGGCACCGGCGUCCGCUCCACGCCGUUUGUCGCUAGCCCGGCCAAGGCGCCCAUGAGCACCUACUACUACCUCAACCUCACCGGCAUAUCCUUCGGCACGAAGGCACUGCCCAUUUCUUCGAACGCCUUCUCCCUGAAAGCCGACGGCACAGGCGGCCUCAUCAUCGACUCCGGCACGACCAUCACCUCGCUGGUGAACGCCGCGUACCAGCAGGUCCGCGCCGCGGUGCAGUCCCUAGUGACGCUGCCCACGACCGACGGGUCGGACUCCACGGGGCUCGACCUGUGCUUCGCGCUGCCGACUCCGACGUCGGCGCCACCGGCCAUGCCGAGCAUGACGCUCCACUUUGACGGCGCGGACAUGGUGCUCCCCGCGGACAGCUACAUGAUCUCGGGAUCCGGCGUGUGGUGCUUGGCCAUGCGGAACCAGACGGACGGCGCCAUGAGCACGUUCGGAAACUACCAGCAGCAGAACAUGCACAUCCUCUACGACGUCCGGAAGGAGAUGCUGUCGUUUGCUCCGGCCAAGUGCAGCACUCUUUGA